AUGGCCCGUGGGCCCAGUCCGACCAGCACCAGUCCGUCGAACCUCUCCAACAGCCCCUUCCCCCACGGCUCGCUCAGCAGCUCCACGUCGUCGUCGCCGCCAAACCCCUUCUCCCCGCACAACACCAUGACGGCAGACGUCUUCUCGGCCUCCCACAUGUACGGCAUGCCCGGCCCCAUCGGCGAGCGCAGACAGAUGGAGAAGAACGGCUUCUCGCUGCUCGCCCUCCGCGAUGCCCAGACCAGCCCCGACCCCAAGAGCCGCCAUGCCAUCUUCCUGCGCAAGCUGCCGAGCAACAGCGACCGUGACGCCGUGCGCAACAUCCUGCUCUUCGCAAAGGACUUUGUCGACUGCGAGCUCGUGCCCCAAUCCAGGCUCCCCGACGACAAAGGCUUCGCGUGUGCAAUUGCCCAAUUCCAAACCUUCGAGGGCGCAAAAGAGGCGCGAGAUCUCCUCAACGGUAAGCGCAACGCUACCAACGAUGCAGCCCUCAUAGUCGAGCUGGUGCAGGACAGCCUGCCCGCAGCCUUCGGAUCGCGGCGCAACACGGUUGACAGCGCAUCUGCGCGACAAGGGCCUAUUGCAGCCGGGAUCGCCAGUGCUACUGCGAACGGCCGACAAGCAUCGCGAUACAACGGGACCUUCCAAAAUAUGGAGAAGAUGUCCCCACCAAACGGGACCCCAGGUCUUGGCAACGGAGAAUUCCCGGCGCAGAACCUUUUCUCGCCGACGUCACCCAUGAGCACUUCGUUCGCCAGCCGCAACCUGGGCAAAUCAGUCAUCAACGACGAGGCUGACGACGUUGACGGCCUUCUCAACGAGUCAAUCGACUAUGCCAUGGGCGGGCCUCCCAUGCAGUCGAGCAUGCCGCGCAGGGCCACGCAGCCAAACCCGUCUAUGCCCAUCUCCCGCUUUGCAUCUUUGUCCCUCAACACGAAUAGUGUAAAUGGCAUGAGCUCCCCUCCAUUGCCAGGCUAUGCCUCCCCCCGCUCUGCAGCCACUAUGCAGUCGCCCGGAACGGUCAUGGCCACCAUGUCUCCUCAUACCUUGCCAUCUGUCAUGAGCAGCGGACCAAACACAGGCUUUCAACAAUACUCACAGCAUUUCGCGAGGCCCACGUAUCCACCGGUGAACCCUGCAGAUCAGAAUCCACCGUGCAACACGUUGUAUGUUGGCAAUUUGCCCAUGGACACCUCCGAAGAUGAACUAAAAGCUGUUUUCUCCAAACAGCGUGGGUACAAGCGUCUGUGCUUCCGGACUAAACAGAAUGGUCCCAUGUGCUUUGUCGAGUUCGAAGAUACCUCUUUUGCUACCAAGGCUUUGAAUGAGCUCUACGGGUACAUGUUGCACAACAGCGUCAAGGGCGGCAUUCGGUUGAGUUUCUCCAAGAACCCUCUUGGCGUACGCAGCGGACAGCACUCUAGCAUGGGUCCUUCGAGCCCCACGCCCACCACUCCGCUAUCAGGAUUUGGCAAUAACGGCGGAGCCCCGCCAGGCUUUGCCACGGCCAGCGGCCCCCCGCCUGGACUAUCAGCUCCUCCGGGGUUGUCAAGCCCUGUUCAUUCCAGUGGUUCAUCUGGCUUCAGAACGUACUCAAACGGUGGGUAUGGCAUGCCUGCGAACGACAUGGGUAGCCCUCUACGUCAACCCUUGACUACGAGUGUUCCUAGCAACGGCUAUGGGAACAUGGGAGGAAACUACUCCCCAUACAUGAUGGGACGUUGA